AUGUCAGAUCCCAGGACCAGAAAAGCCCGUCAUACGCUUACUCCUGACCUUCUGUCGUCUUCCAUUCUAAUAACAAAUCUGCCUGCGAACUGGAACGAAACCACGAUUUCGUCCGUUGUUGCAGGAUCGGGACCCAUCACGAACAUUUCGCGCAAAACAGACCCUCGUAACGGAAAAUUGGUGGGCAUUCUAGUCGACUACUUAACUAGCAAAGACAGCAAACGAGCAUUGGAACUGCUGCGAAAAAUCAAAAAGUUUUCGUGCGAUCUAGAGAGGAUAAUCUCAAAUUCCAAGAACUCAGGCACUCCACUGAAUCUGAAUCGCGAUGCGUUUCCUUGGGAUUUCGGCUUGGAGUUGCCCUUUGAAAUGGUUUCGGAGGUCCCGCUGCCUAGAAGACCUACCAACCCUGUUCCAGUACCAUCAAAUGGUACUUCCACGGAUGUUGGCGGCCUCACGGUGUUCCCAGAUAUAUUAAGCAAAGCUUCAAAGCAUCUACCCGGAUAUGUAGCCGGUUCCAUGACUGCACCAGACGCAGUGUCGUCAAAUUUGAGCAAGAUUGCACCUUUGCAGCUUUUAGAAAUGAUCUCUAACUUCAAGAUUUUGGCUGGCCAAGACGCCAAUCGCGACCAAUUGACUAAGUUUUUGACGUCCAAUCCAGAAAUCACCAUCGCCGUGACUCAGGCUAUGCUUGAAAUGGGGUUUAUAAAUUACAGUGUGGUGACAAAAGUUAUAGCUGAUCAAAAUGGAAGCCAGUCACAGCCACCCAGUUUACCAAAUAGCACACCCCAGGUCUACAGCGGUAUAAACACAAACACCACGCCCAUGAAUGGCAAUGCGCCUCUCAACAUCUAUACAGUGCCCUUAGGCCAGCCGCAACCGCUGGCGCAACCACUACCACAACCACAGCCAUCCUCGUUGGCGGGGCCUAACGUUUUCAGUCCACCACCUCAGCAACAACAGACUGGUGGCUUCGAUUAUAAAAUGGUGCCUAAUAACGCUUCGUUCGCAACGAACGCUGUGCCGAUGAAAACUGGAGACAAUCGCGUAAACAUGGUUAAACUCGCAGCAUUGCCGCAAAACCAGCAGGAUAUGAUCAAACAAGUCUUACAGCUGACUGCAGAUCAAAUACGGCUGUUACCUCCUGAUCAAGUGACCAUGGUCGAGAACUUCAAGAGAGAGUACUUAAUGUGA